CUGAUCAAGAAACAAAGAGAUAGAGUUUAGAGCUGUAACUAAUCACAAUGACGAAGAAGGCAGUUCUGAUUGGCUGCAACUACCAGGGCACCAAGGCCGAGCUCAAGGGCUGCAUUAACGACGUCAACCGCAUGUACGCCUGCCUCGUCGAUCGCUACGGCUUUUCCGAGAGGAACAUCAAAGUCCUCAUCGACACCGACGACUCCUACACCCAGCCCACCGGCAGAAACAUCCGCAAGGCUAUCACCGAUCUCAUCCGAUCUGCCGAAUCCGGCGAUGUCUUGUUUGUUCACUACAGUGGUCAUGGCACCCGCCUUCCCGCCGAGACCGGCGAUGCCGACGACACGGGCUACGACGAGUGCAUCGUCCCCACUGACAUGAACCUCAUCACUGAUGAUGACUUCAGGGAGUUUGUUGAUCAGCUAAAGAAAGGUUGCCGGCUGACUAUUGUGUCGGAUUCGUGCCACAGUGGGGGCCUAAUUGAUGAGUCUACAGAGCAGAUUGGCGAGAGCCACAAGGGGAAACAGAAGGAAUCUAGCUCCGGUCAUGGGUUCACGAGCUUUCUGAAGAAGCAGGCAGGAAAUGCACUAGAGUCUCGUGGAAUCCACGUCCCUUCUGGAUUUGGCCGCCAUGGACGCGACGAAGAGGAGACCGAUGACAGAGAGAUCGACAUGGGAGGUGGCGAGCGGGGAUAUACCAGAAGCAGGGAACUGCCGCUUUCGACUCUCAUAGAGGUGCUCAAGCAGAAAACAGGAAAGACUGACAUUGAUGUUGGGAAGCUGAGGCCAACACUGUUUGAUGUAUUCGGUGAUGAUGCUAGUCCGAAGGUGAAGAAGUUUAUGAAGGUCAUCUUGAACAAACUCCAGAGCCACGAGGGUGAAGGUAGUGGUGGCUUCAUGGGGAAGAUUGGAGGCCUGGCUCAAGAGUUUCUCAAACAAAAGCUUGAAGAGGAUGAUCAGUAUGCAAAGCCGGCUUUAAAGACAGAAAUGGGCGGCAAGCAAGAGGUGUAUGCAGGAGCAUCCCAUCGUGCCAUGCCCGACGGCGGAAUUCUCAUCAGUGGCUGUCAGACCGACCAGACUUCUGCUGAUGCCACUCCUUCAGGAGAUGCGUCCAAAGCUUAUGGAGCUCUCAGUAAUGCAAUUCAAACCAUACUCGCCGAAACAGAUGGUGAGAUUUCGAACCAAGAACUUGUUUUGAGGGCAAGGGAGAUUCUGAAGAAACAGGGUUACACUCAGCGACCUGGGCUUUAUUGCAGCGACCAUUUCACCGACGCGCCUUUUGUGUGCUGAUCUCAAGUCUCAUGCAUCAUGUUAUUUGAAUAAUGUUUGAGUGGUGUGUGCUUCUGCUGCUUUUAGUUUGGAAGUUCGAUGAAAACUUGAAUAUGUUCGAGCGUUCUUGGAUAAAGGAUUUUCUUAUUGAUCUGGAA